GCUCAGAUGGGAAAAAAAGGUUGCGAAGGCGUUUUUUCCUUCUGUUAUGUUGCGGAUGGGGCAAGGCUGUCCGGCGCUGCGAUGCCAGCGAUAUUCCUGGCCACGUUAUACGAGUAUUCCCCUCUCUUCUACAUUACUGUGGUGUCUAUCUGCUUUGUAGUCACUUGCGGGAUAGUGCUGGGAUGCCUUUGGGAAAAUGAAAGAAGAAAGGCGAUUGGUUGUUGUGGGCAGAGGCUACACAGGCAGCAAGGUGAUUGGUUGCUGUGGACAACCGUUCAACAAGCAGCAAUCUGGUUGGUUGCUAAGAGGCGCGGCCUGGACGUCCCUGUUAUACUGAGAAACUCAGCUGAGACCGCUUCCAAUACCUUCAUUUGUAAGAAGCAGAUGCAAGAAGUGAAGAACCCCUUUGGCCUUGAAAUAGUUAAUCCAGAUACUGCCACAUUAGCCAAGGGGGUUACAUUGAGACCGCACUGUCUGGAGAAGUGUAUUCUGUCCUGUUACUGGGGGUGCAGUGUACAGAAAGUGCAAGAGGCUUUACAGAAACAUGUCUACUGCUUCCAGAUACAGACCCCUGGAGUGCUGGAGGACGCCCUGUAUAGUGAAUACCUUCACAAGGAGCAGCAUAUCGUGCCGAAACAAAGCAAGGAAGAAAUAUUAAUUCAGCUGCCAGAGGACAACCAGAUAGAAGAUUUUGGCCCGGUGCCCCGGACUCGUUAUCCUCUCGUAGCCCUGCUGACAAUGGCUGAUGUGGAUGACCGGGAGUUCAUAGUGUCCAUGCUGACCAUCAUUCAUAUUCCAGACAGAAGUUACCGGCUGCCCUGUAGGAUAAUGUACCAGUAUCUGCUCACUGCACAAGGACAAUUCUACGACCUGAAGCAACUUUACAUGUCUGUGAGCGAUAACCCAUCAGAGUCAGUGGAGGCCGUGGAGGACAAUGUCUCCAUGGAUAAAGAACUGCUGGAGAAGUUGGGAAUAUCAGAGGAAGAGCUACAAGAGAGCAGCGUCAAAGACUGUGUGGUGUGUCAGAAUGACUCGGUGAAUUGGGUGCUGUUACCGUGUCGGCACGUGUGCCUGUGUGACGGCUGCCUGAUGCGCUUCCAGCAUUGCCCAAUAUGCCGCCAUUUUGUUCAGGAAACCUUCCCUUUACGUAGCAGGACACCGCUGACGGAGUAAUGAACUGCAGCUAGAAUACUACCUCCACAAGCCGUCAUGCACUGCUUCCAUCAGCACGUAGGGGCCCCCGAUUGGUGAUUUAGAGGGUACCUUGAUGGAUAUCCUUAUGGAAAGGGGUUGUCUAGGCAUGCUCUCCCACAUAAUCUGGAGAAAAGCCACUGCAUCCUGGGCAAGACUGCUGCCGAGGCAACCAUCCAGUGCCCGCGAGUAUCCUGCAAGGGUCUAAUUGUAAUUAAUUUAUGUUCAGUACUCGUUGGGUAUCUUUUUGUUUUUUAUUUUUUGUGUAUUUUCUUAUUUAAAAAGCUCCAAAGUUUCUUGGACAUAUCUGUUUAGUGGAUGAUGGUCCAUUUUAUUAGAUACAGAGCUCCAAAUCCUCUUUAUGGUCAUAUAGUUAAAUGCUUAACGUCUAGCUAUGUGCAGCCACCACUAGGGGGAGCUCAGGCUCUUCCUGCAUACAGCUUAUACAUUGAGCUCCAUAAUAAUGCAGUAAGCUCUUCAGCUCCUCCUAGGGGUGGCUGCAGAAAGUAAGAAUGUUAUCAUUGAAAGGGGCUGGCCCACAGACAACAUUUAUCACCUCUCCAUGUCUGAUCGCUGGCGGGUCUGACUAAUGAGAGCCUCACCGAUCUUGAGAAUGGAGAAACCCCGAGUCCUCUGUGUGAAUGACCACCGCUCCAUUCACUGUCUAUGGGACUGCCUUGGCUAUCUCCGGUGGUCCCAAAGAAGUGAAUGGAGCUAUGGUCACCCAUGUGCAUUACUGCUGCAUUCGCACUGGGGACAUUAGGACUCUCGAGGGUCCCAGCAGUCAGACCCCCAGCGGUCAUACAUUUAUCACCUAUCCUGUGGAUAAGCGAUGUUCAUGGACCAACCCCUUUAAGUCUGUAUUUAUGCUGGGGAUUUGGAGCUCUGUAUUAGAACAGGGGAGCUCCGACUCCCUAUGAAGAUAUGACAGAAUGAAUUACUGGACGAGGACGACUCCAGGACUGGCGGGGACUUACAAGAUUAACCCUUAUAUGAGGGAUCUCCAGUUAGAAUGGACGAUGUAUGCAGUAGCCUCGGACGAGUCACUGACCCUUUUUAGGCUUUUAUUCCAUAUUAUACUUAUCAUGUUAUA